AUGGAUGAAUUAGUUAAUUACUCUGAUUCGGAUUCCGCUGAAGAUAGUUGUUCAACAUCAGGGCAAUCGAAAACAAAUGAUUUAUCAGUGAAUUCGUCAAGUCAUAUUGUUUAUAAUCCAUUACAUGAUGAUGUCAAUGAUGGGGAUGUUGGCGAUAUGCAAGGGGAAGAUUUCUUCAACUUAAAAGAGGCAGAUGAUAAAGGUGACUUCUGGACAUCAACAAUACAUGAUAAUGAUAUACUGUUGCCGUAUCCUGUAGCAAAUGUUAAAAUCAAUCAAGAGGAAAAAAAUGAAAAUAUCUCCUGGCGUCAUCAGCAUCAUCAUCAUGGGAAAGAUGAUUUUAGUCAUAAGAGAAGAGAAAAAGCACAAGAAAUUCUCAAUGAUGAUAAGAAUAAAUUUUAUAUUUCUCAUGUAAUUGAUCAUAGAACCUUAGGUAUUCAUCAAUACAAUGACAUCAUAAUCUAUCCACGUUUAUCUCUCCAAUGGCCGUAUCUUGCAUUAUAUGGACCUUUGUUAACCUCCUGGAAACAAUCGAUGCAUUCAUCCCAGUGUAUAUCAUCACAUAUUCUAAUCUGGAAGUUACCAUUUGAUGAUAGCGCCUCAAAAGCCACCUGUACACCGAUUUGUAGUUAUCAUAUUCAUCGAAAUCAUGAAGUGACCUCAUCAUCAUCAUCACUGUCGUCGUCGUCGGCUUGCUCAAGACGAGAUUAUUACUGUUGGAUGAAAUUUUGUUCAGCUGAGACAGAUCCACAAUGUUUACAGGUAGUAACAGCUACUAGUAAAGGAUUUAUUGAAAUAUGGGAUGUUCAACAGGAUAAAAGAAUCAGAGAAUUCGAUGUCUCAUCACAAACUGGCCCAUUGUUACGUUGUGCUGCCCUGCCAUCAACCGCCUAUCCAGCUUGUCUUUUAACCAGUGGUAUGAGUGGUGUGAUUAGUUUAUGGGAUCUACGUGUAUCAUCAACAUUGCAGAGGCCUCAGUUGAAAUUUUCUCAUUCAGAAUUAAAAGCAUCGAUUGCUGAUCUGUUAUGGCUCAAUGAACAUCAUUUCAGUUCAUGUUCAGAUACUGUGGAUCGUAAUAAUUGUGAGCAUAAUGUUGGUGUAUGGGAUAUCCGUUUCACUAAGCCAAUAUCACAUCAAUUAUAUCAAGAACGUUGGGGAUGCAAUAGAAUGGCAUUGAAACCGAUAACAUAUCCUAAUGAACAUGUUCGUUUCGCUGUACAAAGUCAAGGUGAUACAAUUAUAGAAAUUAGUGGGCGGAACAUGAAAAGAUCGACAUCAUUAACAGCAGUCUCGUGCAAUCGUUUAUCGUAUCAUUUGGAAAAAUGUUGGCGUUAUGAAGGUCAUCAGCUUCAGGGUCAUCCUUUCGGUUUAGCCUACAACCCAUCAGGUACACUGCUGGCUAGUGGGUCAUGGUCACAGUCUAGUCCAGUUCUAUGGGAGACACCAAGACGUAGGCAUUCUUCAUCGUCAUACGCUCUUAUGACAACGGCGAUGAAACGGUUACCUGAAAUUCCAAAUUCUCCUAGUUCUUCUGUUACUGAUGUUGUUUGGGUACCGAAUCAAUUUGUUUCGAAUGGUUGUGAUUGUCUGAUAGCUGUUCAAUUGAAUGGUAGCAUUAUUGUAUAUAAUUCAUGA